AUGGAUAAUAAGGAAAAGAUUGAAAUUACGAGGGACCCCGAUAAACCUUCGGAAUGGAACUCCAGUUCUGCUACUAGUACCAGUGGCACUGGGGCGAAUCACGCCUUGCCGGCGAGCACACCGGGUGCUAAGACGACAAAUACGAUAUUCAUUCAUAAAUUAUACAACAUUCUCGAAGAUAAAGAUUUGGAGGAUCUGAUCUGGUGGUCAUCGAGUGGACAAUCAUUCUUUAUCAAACCAACUGAAAAGUUUAGUAAAGCUUUAGCGACCUAUUUUAAGCAUACCAAUAUUACGAGCUUUGUCAGACAAUUGAAUAUCUACGGAUUCCAUAAAGUUUCAAAUGAUCAUCAAUAUAUAAACUAUCCCAACAAUAAUAAUAGUAAUGAUAACGAUAGCAAGGGUAAAGAAAGGGAAGAUUUGACUAAUGAGACUAUCAAGAUUUGGGAAUUCAAGCAUAGUGCCGGUAUCUUCAAAAAGGGUGAUGUAGAAGGUUUAAAAUUAAUUAAAAGAAGAUCCUCCUCUCGUAAUAUAUCAGCGAUGAAUCAGAAAAAGAAUUUAGUUUCUAUGCAAUUAAAUUCUUCAAUAAAUAACAAUGUUAUGCCAGCUAAUACUUUUAUGGAAGCCAAUAACGAUAAAAAGAACAGAGCUCCAUUUGGUCGACCUAACAAUGGUAAUGAACCUAUGAUCCAGGGAGAUCUUGGCAUAAAUGCUGGUCAUUUUCCAUAUUCACAAAGAGUACAACAACCUCAAGCACAACCACAGAAACAUAUACAAUAUCAACGAUACCCUUAUACGCCGUAUUCAUCAGUUGAUUCAAACACAUACCAAAAUAACAGACGAAAACAAUUAAAUAUGAGCCCCAACCAAUAUAAUGAAGAAGACGAAUCAAGUACCCAUGGAAAAUUCAGUGUUUCAGAAAUUGAUGAUUUACGAUCUAUAAAUCAGGACAUGGCUAAAUUAAUUGGGUUUAUGGAAUAUUUCGUUACAUUACAUUUAGAUUCUGGGAAGUACAAGAUUGAUGAUGACCCUCAGAAGCAGAAUUGGGAAAACUUCCAAAAUGAGCUCGCUAAUUUCAAAAAUAAUGUAAUUAAAAGAUUGCACACUAAAUUGGGUGCUAGUCAUUUGCUUCAGGAACAGUAUCAGCGUCAAGUGCAACAGCAACAGUUUCUUAAGGACAAAAUUUACCCUAGACAACCUGAGCCGCUUUUACCUCAUCAUCACCAUUCACAUCCCAUUCUUGUUACACAUCCGAUUGGUUCCAGCAUGUCCGCCUCUCAAAUGGUUCCUAUAAGACCUCAUACAGCACCAGUUGCUGCAAUUCCAUCAUUACUAUCAUCGGGUCAGAGCUAUUAUGGUUCAACUAAUAACCUCAAAAGCGUUUCGAACCCGAAUAACCCACAGAUGUCCAUGAGCCGUGGGGUUCCCCCAAAUCAAAUAAUGCAAAAUCCUUUUGAAAGAACGAAUAACUCCAUCUCGACAAAAAGAAAUCAGAGUGUGCUCUUGGAUCCCUUGACACCUGUAGUUAGUGUAAGUUCAAAUAAUCCCAUGAGGAAUAGAGUUUCCUCUCUGAUAAAUACUAAAACCCAACCUUGUCCUAUUGAAAGUGCUAGUAACACACCAAUGCAUGUUAGCAACCACGAUUUGAUGAAAACCAGAAGCCAGUCUUCUUUAUAUCCAAAUUUACCUCUAAAUAAAUUAGAAGACCUUCCCUCAAACCUAGCACCAAUCACUUCCACUGCCAAGGAUAGCAUAUGUUAUUCAAAAUCGACAAGCAAUUUGCCAAAUGCAGGAACUGUACCUUCUAUGACAGGAUCUGCUGGAAGUCCUCUUUCAUCGUUAUUAAAUGAAGCCGCUCCUCAAUCAGUUAAUAGUAUGAGUACAGACCCUAACUCCAAUAGCACAUCCAUUAAUAUUAAUGACGAAACAAGCACCACAGAAGAGAAACAUGAUGUGAAGAGGAGUAGAUUCGAUUAA